GAAAAUUUUGUGGAAUUCCAGGAUAUUUCAGUGGUAAAAUUUUGAGGAAUUUUAGUAAAGUUAAAAAAAAAUAUGGAAUUUCAUGAAAUCCUAUACUGUAAUUAGUUGAAAUAGUCAGGAGCCGCCACUGAUUAUUUCUACAACGUUCAUAACCAAUUUGAACAUUUUAGUCAAAUUUUUCGGACUCUCAAGAUUGUCCAAAAACAACCGAAAAUUAAGAAUGCCCACCACAACCCAUUGAAAAGAAAAAAAAAAAUCAGGACCCCCCUAGUUUAUGCAGGCCAACGCGCAACUCUCUUCACCCAAAGAGACCGUAGAACAGAGAGGAGAACCAGAGGGCCCAUUCCCCCUCCUCUACACACCAAUCCACAUUCAGUCUUCUUCAGUCAGUCGAACUCGCGGUCGCGUCGAACCCCUAGGGGCUCAACUAUUACGCCGACGAAGAAAAAAAAAAAAUCCAAAAAAAUGAGGCUCCUAAUUUUAACCCUCAUUAUCGUGCUGGUGAAAAGCGACUCGUGCCCGUCGUUGUGCUCGUGCAAAUGGAAAAGCGGCAAACGGACUGUGGAGUGUAUGGAACGCGGACUGAUUAAAAUUCCGGAAAGUGUAGACGCCGAAACGCAAGUGCUCGAUAUGUCGGUGAACAAUUUGCAGAAUUUGCCCAAAGAAGUUUUUGUGCGUUUGAAUUUGAUCAAUUUGCAAAAGAUUUAUUUGAAAAGUUGUAGAUUGGGACAAAUUGAUUCAGAGGCUUUUAGAGGCGUCACAAAUUUAAUUGAACUUGAUUUGAGUAGUAAUUUGCUCACUUCUGUGCCGACUAAAAGUUUCCAAAACACUCCGUUUUUACGGGAAUUGUUACUUGCCAAUAAUCCCAUACAAAAAAUCGAUCCUGGUGCUUUCCUCAAUCUACGCGGUUUGGUGAAACUGGACUUGUCCAAUUGUGAAAUCAAAAUGGUUGCCCCACAAGCAUUCGAAGGCAUUGAAAUGCUUGAAUUAUUAAAAAUCAACGAUAAUCAUUUAAGUGAACUACGCCCGCACACUGUAGAUAUUCUACACAAACUCCACGGAGUAGAGUUACAUAAUAAUCCGUGGCAUUGCGAUUGUAGACUCCGAGUUAUAAAAGAAUGGCUGUUGGAGUAUAAUAUUCCUUAUCCCAUUAGUCCUAAAUGUUUGGGAGGUCCUGAAAGAAUUAUUAAAAAAUCUUUUAACGAUGUUGGAUUAGAGGAUUUAGCUUGUAAGCCUGAAUUACUACCAAUCAAUCGCUAUGUUGAAGCUAUUUCAGGCGGAAAUGCUACCAUAAGCUGUAGAGUAAACGCAGUCCCUCCUGCUCAAAUCAAAUGGUUUUACAAUGGAAAGUUGUUAAUGAAUAAUAGUUUUUUGGGACAUCAACAGCAAAAACUACAAAUUUUUGAACAAGGCUCACAAGAAAAACGCAGCUUUUUGGUACUACACAACACAAUAGAACAAGAUUUUAUCGAAUUUUACUGCGUGGCUGAAAAUAGAGCAGGCAGUGCGGAAACCAACUUCACUCUCCGCAUUAUUUCCAAGCCUUUGGGCAUUAUUUCCUUGAACAAUGGCCAAAUUGCUGGAUUAAGUGCCGCAUUAGCAGCCCUAAUCCUAAUAAUCCUAAUAAUAAUUUCAAUUCUAUUAAUCAAAGUGCGCAGAUUCAAUAAUUACACUCAAGAAACCAAAACGCCUUCGUCUCAAUUGGAAGUUGUUACAAUUGUAAAUGGCCCAAUCGCCCAACAACAAACUGACUCAAAACCAACUCAAGAUAUCAGUCCAGAUCUUAUCAAUGAUCACAGUGGCGAAUACACACGUUCUAAUGACGCUUCAUUAUAUUGGGACAAUUCCAGUUUGCAAAGGGUCACUUUAUACAACGACAAAAGCCCUAUAAUCGAAGGUUCGACGAGUUCAGAAGAGGGUGGCUAUAAAGGAUUUCCUCAAGAUUACGGAUUACCAUUGCCGCCUCAAGGUAAAACUUUGAGGGUGUGGCAAAAGGGCGGUAUUCCUGUGCUGCCUCCAGUAACAGCCCUUAAGAGGGCUUUGAGUAAAAACUCGCCGGACGAAGGAUACCAAGAGGGCGGUUGUGGGACUGACGUGUAAAUAGAACAAUAUUGAUAUAUACCAAAAAAACCAAAGACUUUUUUAUUUUUUAUUUACUUAUAUAUUAUUUAUUUGAUUAGAAACAAAAAAAAAAAUGGGGUUCCUAUAUAUAUUUAAAUAAUAAUUGAAAAUGUAAUUAAUUGUAAAUAGUAGAUUGAAGAUCCCUGAGCAUUCCCCCUUAAUAAUUUUUUAAUUGUGAUACAUGUUGAUUAGUGAUUUGUGUUUCGUUAUCACUAAAAUAUAAAAAAAAAGACUGACUUAUUGGUUUUUUAUGUGAUUUUUUCGGACUUAAGGUGCGUACCUAAUUGUUAAGUAAAUGUUUUAAGUAUAUUUGAAACAUUGUCUGGUUUAAUUUUAAUUUAUUAUGUUCAAAAAUUAAUUAGUCGACAGUUUUAUUAAUUAAUUGAACAAAUAAACUACGAAACCUGAUGCCAACAUAAAAAAAAAGUAAUAUUAACUUUAGAACAAAAAAAAACAUUCAAACGAUAUUUCAUUAAUAAUAAUCAAAAUACAAAUUAAUUUAAAUCAAUAUAAUAUAAAACCAG